CCGGAAGUAAUGAGAAGCGUUUCAAGGUUACAUAAGCGUAAAUAGUUGUUGUAAUUUCAUAGCUAACGUUGUAUUAUAUAUAUAUUUAAUAUAUCGGUGCUGUGGACGUAUAGUGCUUAUGUUUAGCUAACAACCCGACUUUGAAGUUGGUCUUUCAGAAUAAUGCAAACUUUGAAAGGAGUCAGACACUUGAUGACAUCAGCUACCAUGAAACAAACAGUAAUUGCCCUUCAGUGUCAGAGUUCAAUAUGCCAGUGCCAUGGGGAGAGAUAAGGGGCAAGGUCUGGGGUCCUGACCAUGGUCGACCAAUACUCUGCCUGCACGGCUGGGCAGACAACUGUGGCACUUUCAACACUCUCAUUCCACUGCUGCCAAAAGAGUGGAAAUAUGUAGCUGUGGAUAUGGCUGGCCAUGGCCUCUCCUCCCAUAGACCUCCUGGAGUCUUCUACAGCUUUCCUGCUUAUGUGGCCGACAUACGGCGAGUCAUUGGAGCUCUCCAAUGGAAGAGAUUCUCUAUUAUCGGACACAGUAUGGGUGGCAAUGUAGCUGGAAUGUUCAGUGCCCUGUAUCCAGAGAUGGUGGAGUCAGUGGUUCUCCUGGACUCCUAUGGAUUCUUACCCACAGACGCGAAAGAAUUGCAUACGGUGAUAAGACAGGGAUUUGAAGGAAUGCUUGAGUUUGAGAAGAAGAAAGAUGAGAAGAAAGAGAAGGUUUACACUUAUGAGAAUGCAUUGAUGAGGCUUUUGGCAGCAAACCCCUCUCUCUCGGAGCAGUCAGCCCACAUUCUUCUAGAACGAGGACUCGCUCAGGUUGAAGGAGGGGUGGUGUUCACCCGAGACUUUAGAAUCAAUCUGAAAAACGUUGUGCGUGUCAGCCUGGAGCAGAGUCUAGAGUUGCAGUCCAGGAUACAGGCCAGAGUUCUAGUAGUACUGGCGGAGGAGGGGUUUGAAAAGAUGUUUUCUGAACCACAACAGAAGACAUUUACCUCAACGCUACUUCAAGGGUAUAAAGACCAACGCGGCAUGGUGGUUAACGUACCUGGUGAUCAUCAUGUCCACCUGAACACCCCUGAGACUGUGGCCCAAAUCGUCACUGACUUCCUCCAGGAAGAAGCUCCUUCACACAGCACUGCAGAGGAUACACAGGCAGCCAAGUUAUAAUCCCCCGCCCCUUCCCCACUGUGUUAGUUAGUAUUUAGAACUCUCAAAUACAUGCAGUGUGCCUGUAGCCUUCCUGGUGCCAUUCAUCCAUUCAUAAUAUGAGCAGUAUUAAAGGUAGACUCAGCGAUAUGGCGUAGAUGCAGAAAGUAAAUAGCAUAGUGGGUACAUUUCCGCAACAAUUCCUGGUGAACCCGUGAGCUGGACUGUGUGAGAGCGAAGUCUUGUAUCUCGCUCAUCUCAAACAUGAGACUGGAUCAGUUUACAAACCUGUAGACACAGAAUAAAUUGCUACUUGUGCAAAUAGACAACUGUUGCAUAAACAGAUUUUAAAGACUUUGAACCCUAAUAUUUAUUAUAUUGUGCUGUAUCUAAAACACACCAAUACUUUUUAAACGGUAGUCUGUCGAGCUAGAAUACUUGAUGUUUACCAGUUGCUGUAUGUCAUGUCUUUUUACAUCUGGGCUGUUUAGAACUGGCAUGUUUUCUCCCAACUGAUGACCCGGUGAUGCCUUACAGUGCCUUGCUACUGGUCAGAACCUAUUGAAAUGCAUUCACACAUGUUUAUAAAAAAUAAUUGUAUAGGGUUCGGCUUCACACCAAUCAGAUGCAGACCUACAUGUCCACUUCCUGGAUGUGGCCCAAUGAGAAGUGGAUUAGAGGUUGAUCUGUCAAGCUUAUCGUUCCUUCAUAUGGUCCUAGAGCUGAGUAACAAUCAUUCAACUAAUUGGACAAAGGCUUCUUCCUGGUACAGUUUGACAAUAAAUAGGUCAACCUU